UGGCAAAUAUAGUAAAAGGGAUAUUCUGGUAGGACGUAUGCCUACCAUUAGUUCUGAAUACUGGUGAGGUUUUGAGGGCAAAAUGGCUGUGAUGAUUGGAAUCGCUUUCAGAGUUUCUUGGCUUUGUUGCCUGCUAAUUGGAGGGAUAACGUGUUCUACAUCAGAAGGUGAUUGGUCUCCUGCACUGGAUUCUAAUGCAGCAUGGCUCUAUGCAGGAUCACUUCCGUCUCUAGGAUAUGGCAAUUAUAAGUCUCAGACAUCUCAACUGCAAGCGCAACAGAAACAUCCGGCCGCCAUCCUGCGGAAGGAACUGGCCCCCAUGUCCCAGCAACCUCGGCAAGUGUGGCAUCAAGCUAACAUGCUGCAGCAGAAGCAACCGCCCGCCGUGCCCCAGCAAGUGUGGCAUCAAGCUCACAUGCUGACGCAACCACCGACCGCCGUGCCCCAGCAAGUGUGGCAUCCAGCUCAAAUUCCCCUGCAGCAGAAGGAACCGACCGCCGUGCCCCAGCAAGUGUGGCAUCCAGCUCAAAUGCCCCUGCAGCAGAAGGAACCGACCGCCGUGCCCCAGCAAGUGUGGCAUCCUAAUCAAAUGCCCCAGAAGCAACGGAACGCCGUGCCCCAGCAAGUAUGGCAUCCUAAUAAAAUGCUGCAAAAGCAACCGACCGCCGUGCCCCAGCAAGUGUGGCAUCCAGCUCAAAUGCACCAGAAGCAACCGACUGCCAUGCCCCAGCAAGUGUGGAAUCCAUUUCACACACUGCAGAAGCAACCGACUGCCGUGCCCCAGCAAGUGUGGCAUCCUUCUCUAAUUCCCCUGCAGCAGAAGCAACCGACCGCCGUGCCCCAGCAAGUGUGGCAUCCAGCUCAAAUGCCCCAGAAGCAACCGACCGCCGUGCCCCAGCAAGUGUGGCAUCCUGCUCUAAUGCCCGUGCAGCAGAAGCAACCGACCGCCGUGCCCCAGCAAGUGUGGCAUCCAGCUCAAAUGCACCAGAAGCAACCGACUGCCAUGCCCCAGCAAGUGUGGAAUCCAUUUCACACACUGCAGAAGCAACCGACUGCCGUGCCCCAGCAAGUGUGGCAUCCAGCUCAAAUGCCCCAGAAGCAACCGACCGCCGUGCCCCAGCAAGUGUGGAAUCCUGCUCAAAUGCCCCUGCAGCAGAAGCAACCGACCGCCAUGCCCCUGCAGCAGAAGCAACCGACCGCCGUGCCCCAGCAAGUGUGGCAUCCUGCUCUAAUGCCCCUGCAGCAGAAGCAACCGACCGCCGUGCCCCAGCAAGUGUGGAAUCCAGUGCCCCAGCAAGUGUGGAAUCCAUUUCACACACUGCAGAAGCAACCGACUGCCAUGCCCCAGCAAGUGUGGCAUCCUACUCAAAUGCCCCUGCAGCAGAAGCAACCGACCGCCGUCCCCCAGCAAGUGUGGCAUCCUGCUCUAAUGCCCCUGCAGCCGAAGCAACUGACCGCCGUGCCCCAGCAAGUGUGGCAUCCUGCUCAAAUGCCCCUGCAGCAGAAGCAACCGACCGCCGUGCCCCAGCAAGUGUGGAAUCCAUUUCACACACUGCAGAAGCAACCGACCGCCGUGCCCCAGCAAGUGUGGCAUCCUACUCAAAUGCCCCUGCAGCAGAAGCAACCGACCGCCGUGCCCCAGCAAGUGUGGCAUCCUGCUCAAAUGCCCCUGCAGCAGAAGCAACCGACCGCCGUCCCCCAGCAAGUGUGGCAUCCUGCUCUAAUGCCCCUGCAGCCGAAGCAACCGACCGCCGUGCCCCAGCAAGUGUGGCAUCCUGCUCAAAUGCCCCUGCAGCAGAAGCAACCGACCGCCGUGCCCCAGCAAGUGUGGAAUCCAUUUCACACACUGCAGAAGCAACCGACCGCCGUGCCCCAGCAAGUGUGGCAUCCUACUCCAAUGCCCCUGCAGCAGAAGCAACCGACCGCCGUGCCCCAGCAAGUGUGGCAUCCUGAUCAAAUGCCCCUGCAGCAGAAGCAACCGACCGCCGUGCCCCAGCAAGUGUGGCAUCCUGCUCUAAUUCCCCUGCAGCAGAAGCAACUGACCGCCGUGCCCCAGCAAGUGUGGCAUCCUGCUCUAAUUCCCCUGCAGCAGAAGCAACCGACCGCCGUGCCCCAGCUGGGGUGGCAUCCUGCUCAGUUUCCCCAGCAGAAGCAACUAGCCCCUAUGCCCUACUGCUGAAGGAACCAACCACCAUAGCCCAGCAACCUCAGCAGGUGUGGCAUCCAGCUCAAAUGUCGAAGAAUCGAACAUCCACUGAACCUCAGCAGCAGAAGCAACCGGCCCCUGAACCUCAGCAGAAGGAACUGACCGCCAUGCCCCAGCAAAUGUGGUAUCGAGCUAAAAUGCUCCAACAGGAGAAUCAUCUGGCCGCCAUUGUCCAGCAGCCUCCGCAGGAACUGGCCGUCGAGCAGCAGCAGGAACUGGCCGUCGAGCAGCAGCAGCAGCAGGAACUGGCCGUCGAGCCCCAGCAGCAGAAGGAACUGGCCGUCGAGCCCCAGCAGCAGAAGGAACUGGCCGUCGAGCCCCAGCAAGUGAGGUAUCCAGCUCAAAUGGCCCAGCAGCAACCCAACCCCAUUCCUCAUCAAUUUUGGCAUGCAGCCCAAAUUUCCCAGCAGCAACUGGCCCCAAAUUCUCAGCAGAAGCACUACGAAAGCACUGAAGAUGGUGCCUCUGGUAAUUCUCAGGCCAGAGUUGUUGAACAGUCGGGUGUCAUCCCAAUCUCUUCCUACAGUUUCAAAUCGCACUACAAGAAUGGCAGAACUGGAGUCUCCCAAAUCAGCUACACUCCUAGGGAGGCAAUGCCUGUUGACAGUGGAAAUGCUCCCAAGGACGGUUAUGUUAGCAUUGGUGCACCAAGCAUAUAUCCAACACUAGUGAAGGAUUCUGCAAGGGAAAUAUAAUGGAUUCAUCCUCUAGAAGCUCUAAUGACCAGGAAGUUGCUGGUGCUCUUGCUACUCUAGUGUGAUGGAAUCAAUAAACAAUUUGACUUUAAAAAUGC